GGAGCUGCUGCUUUGUUUGCCGUGGUUUUCUUCCAACCCAUCUUCCCAUCCCCUCCCCUUUGCCUUUGCCUUGGUCCGGCCGGCGGCUCCCCUCCUUCCUCCUUUCCUCCUCACCUCGCACCCGCACCCGCACUCCCACUCUGCUCUACUCUACUCUACUGUAGCCCACCAACCCCGCCCCCCAUCCAUCCAUCCCCCACCGCACCGGUGGGAAGGGAAGGGAAGGGAAAUCGGUGGGAGGAGGGACCUCGGACAUGAGAAUCUCCUUUUCUCUUCCCUUCUUCUUGCUCUCUGGAUCCACCCGCUAAUGCUCUCUGGAUUCGAUCCAUCAUCUCCGCGCACGCGCACCAAGGCGCCGCCGCCGCCGGUAGCGCUCCUCCGCUUAACAAGGGAUGUAAUUUGUGGCUGGACGGACGGACGCCGCAGAGCAGAGGCAAACCCAAGUUCAUGACUUCCUUCCUUGAGUCAGUCAGUCAGUCAGUCAGUCAGUCAGGAGGAAUCAACCAAUUGAUUUUGAUUUUGAUUUGAUACCACAAGAGUCAGUUGCUGCACAAAAUCAACAUAUUACUCUGAAUCUGAAUCUGGUCUCAAGAAAAUGUGGUGUUCACUCUGAAUGAAUGAACCCUGGUAUGUAUGGUAGAGCCCAUGGCAGCAAGAGCAGUCCCCUUCCCAUGCUGGCUCAUCUUGCUGCUGCUGCUGCUGCCGCCGCUGUCGCAGGCCGCCACCGGCGAUUUCAGCCACUGCGGCGGCUGCGACGACGCCGACGAGGGCAGCCUGUGGAGCACCGACAACAUCCUGCAGUGCCAGAAAGUCAGCGACUUCCUCAUCGCCACCGCCUACUUCUCCAUCCCGCUCGAGCUGCUCUACUUCACCACCUGCUCCGACCUCUUCCCCCUCAAAUGGAUCGUCCUGCAGUUCGGCGCCUUCAUCGUGCUCUGCGGCCUCACCCACCUCAUCAACGUCUUCACCUACGAGCCCCACUCCUUCCACCUCGUCCUCGCCCUCACCGUCGCCAAGUUCCUCACCGCCCUCGUCUCCUUCGCCACCGCCAUCACCCUGCUCACCCUCAUACCGCAGCUGCUCAGGGUCAAGGUCAGGGAGAACUUCCUCAGGAUCAAGGCAAGGGAGCUGGACCAGGAGGUGGGCAAGAUGAAGAGGCAGGAGGAGGCCAGCUGGCACGUGCGCAUGCUCACCCAGGAGAUCCGCAAGUCGCUCGACAGGCACACCAUCCUCUACACCACCAUGGUCGAGCUCUCCAAGACGCUGCACCUGCAGAACUGCGCCGUGUGGAUGCCCAACGAGGCCAGGACCGACAUGAUCCUCACGCAUCAUCUCAGAGAAAGGGAGAUAACCGAGUCGCACAGCGGCUCCAUUCCUAUAUGUGACCCGGACGUGGUUGAAAUAAAGGCGACGAGGGGCGCCAAGGUCCUCGGGGAAGGGUCGGCGCUCGGGACUGCCAGCAGGUGCAAUCCUGAGGCAGGGGCUGCGGUGGCUGCGAUACGGAUGCCGAUGCUAAGGGUGUCCAAUUUCAAAGGAGGCACCCCGGAAAUGAGGGAAACGAGCUAUGCUAUUCUGGUGUUGGUCUUACCCGAGGAUGGUUCCCUAGGGUGGGGUGAGCAGGAGCUGGAGAUCGUCGAAGUGAUCGCCGAUCAAGUGGCGGUCGCGCUCUCGCAUGCUGCGGUUCUGGAGGAGUCGCAGCUGAUGCGAGAGAAGCUUGCUCAGCAGCACAGGGACUUGCUGCAGGCAAAGCAUGAGGCUGUGAUGGCAACUGAAGCCAGGAAUUCCUUUCAGAGUGCCAUGUAUGACGGGAUGCGCAGACCGAUGCACUCGGUCCUUGGUCUUGUCUCGAUGAUGCAACAGGAAAGCAUGAAUCCAGAGCAAAGGCUUGUGAUGGACGCCAUCGUCAAGACAACCAGUGUUGCCUCGACGUUGAUGAAUGAUGUCAUGCAAACAUCGACAAUGGACCGUGAACACUUAUCUCUGGUGAGGAGGCCAUUCAGCCUCCACUCCUUGAUUAAGGAAGCGGUCAGCGUUGUAAGGUGUCUGUGUGGCUCCAAGGGGGUUGAUUUCGAGUUUCAAGUGGAGAAUUCUUUGCCCGAAAGGGUCGUUGGCGACGAGAAGAGGGUUUUCCAUAUUGUCUUGCACAUGGUAGGCACUCUGAUAAAUCAAUGCCGUGCGGGCUGCCUCUCUUUGUAUGUGAAUAGUUACAACGAGAUGGAUGAGAGGCAUAAUAAUCAGGACUGGAUGCUGCUGCGAAGAGCAAACUUUUCUGCCGGAUAUGUGUGUGUCAAGUUUGAGAUUAGGAUUAAAAAAUCCAGAAACAGCCUUUUGGGUGCGUCUGCCAGCCAAAUAAGUCAAGAGCCGAACGCUAGCAGUUCGGAGAUGGGCCUUAGCUUCAACAUGUGCAAGAAGAUUGUGCAGAUGAUGAAUGGUAAUAUCUGGUCCGUAUCAGACCCAGAAGGGCUGAGAGAGACGGUCAUGCUGGCUCUCCAGUUCCAGGUGCAACAUGUGACCCCUGUCUCAGGAGCAUCCUCGGACCUAUACCGGUUAUCACCGAUCCCCAACUUCAACGGGCUCCAUGUCCUCCUGGUGGACGGUGAUGACACCAACCGAGCGGUCACCCACAAGCUCCUGGAGAAGCUCGGGUGCCGAGUCUUUUCGGUCAGCUCGGGCAUCCAGUGCAUGACCUCCUUUGCGGGCGGCGAGUCGUCCUUCCAGCUGGUGCUUCUGGACCUGACGAUGCACACGAUGGACGGGUUCGAGGUGGCCCUCGCGAUCCGCAAGUUGAGGAGCAACAGCUGGCCGCCGCUGAUCGUGGCCCUCGCGGCGAGCUCGGACGACAACGUCCGGGACCGGUGCCAGCGGUCGGGGAUAAACGGUCUGCUCCAGAAGCCCGUCACGUUGGCGGCCCUGGGGGAUGAAGUGUAUAGAGUCCUUCAGCACAACUGAAAGUUGUCGUCUCUCUGUGGAUCUUGAUAGAUUGUUGUAGCUUGAUGAGUAGUUCUGUUUUGAUCGAUUAUGCCAGGUUAGGUCCCAUACAGAUGACAAGAAGCAUUUGUGCAAAAAAAAAAAAGAGAGGAAGGAAUUAAUUGUACAGGAAGGAAGGAAGGUGAAGAAAGGUGGGGAAUUUUGGAGAGAUGAAAAAGCUACCUACUUAGGUUCUCUUUUUAGGGCUAUUCAUUUGUAAAACCUCUUAUCCUGGAUUAUUAAUGAUUUAUGAGGUAACUCAUUUGGGGGCAACCAGGUCAAGUCAA